AUGAAUUCAGGUGAAAUUUUUUACUCCGAUGCUAAGUUGGUUACAAGCUAAGAUAUUUUUUAAGAGAAUUUAGUCAUACGUGAACCUGAAUACUUUUUAAAUAUAACUAACGAUAUUUAAGAGCAGUAGUUUUAAUUCGCUAAUUAGUAAACACUUAAUGAAGUCUAUCAAAGUUAAAAACAUGAACAAUCUUAUCCUGCCAACAAUCUAAGAAGUUUAAAUACAUUUAAUAAUGAGUAUUAUUACUAUUUAAAUUAAGAAAACUCAUAUACCUAAUAACAAGCUGAUUCUUUAAACUUUUAAAUUAAAUUUGAAGAACCAAAAUAUGUAGAUUGUUCUGUAUCAUAGUUAGAAUAAAAUUAUAUGCAACCUACUUUUUCAUUAAAUCAAAUAAAAGAAUAAGAAUCAAUGAUGUAUCAAGAUGAAAAUAAAAAAUAUAAAAACCAAAAUAUUUUAAAAGAUAUUUUUAACUCCUUUCAUAAAUACGUUAAGGAUUUAAAAUAUUUUCCAGUUUGUGACAUCUAAAAUGUAGACUUAAAAGAAAUCAAGAAAAAAUUUAAUAGAUUUGUUAAAAUUCAUUCAUUUAACAACUCAAUAAUAAAAUACGUUCUAAAUCAUAAAUUUUAUAAAAUAUUAUUUACCGAAUACUAUGAGUAAGGGUAUUUACUUUAAUGGGUUUCUAAAAGUCGAGUUAGUAAUAAAGAUGGUCUUAAGUAUUGGGCAAAUUAUUUAAUUGAAUGUAUAAAAAAUCCCUCUCACCUAGAACAUCUUCCGGUAAAUCGUAUAUAAAAAAACAAGAACAAAAACACUAAAAAUUGA